AUGGAAGCUUCAACUCCAUUCUCAAACAUACCUAAUGAAAUCAUUCGACUUAUACUUUUGCAGUUGCCGGUGAAGUCUGUGAUCCGGUGCCAGUGCGUAUGUAAACAUUGGCGUUCAUUGAUAGACGACUCAGAUUUCAAGUUCUCGUAUCGUGGACAGGGACGAGUGAUCUUCCUCUCCACCGAAUCCAUAAGCAAGGAUCGAGAUCGUCGAUGGAGGCCGAUUUCCAAAUCCUUAGUUAGAUCUACAAGCCAUGAUCUUCGUCUUCGAAGGCAUAAACGGCCGUUUGGAAAUGUGUAUCCAUUCAUUCGUGCAAGCUCGGGAAACGAUCUUAAUGUUUUGUGUUCUUGCAACGGAUUUGUGCUUCUUCGGGUGGCUAAGAAAGAUAUUUGGUUGUGGAACCCAUCCACCAAGUGUUCGACGAAAGUGCUCGAGUUGUCAUAUCCGGAAAAGUUAGACCAGGUUAUCAUUAGAUCAGGGCUGUGCUACAACUCCUGCACUAGAGAUUACAAGGUCGUCCUAUUACUUCGCCACCACUUAAUACCGUUGGGUCAUGAUUAUGGCGAUCCAUUUGUCAUCUUUGCCAGACUCAACCACUCUAUAAUCUUUGCCAGCCUCAACCACAAAGAGUGGUGA